AUGAGUCGACACAGUAAGAAUGCGACCGCGACGACGCACUUUACGUACCAUGAGCGAGAAGCGGCUGGACAUGGCACACUUAAACGUCGUUUUGGUCGUGACUCACAGCUUCCUUUUGGUGUGUGCUGUCUAUGUCUAGCCACAACACAAAGCCGUAGCCCGCUUGUAUCUCCCGGAGGUUUUGUUUAUUGCAAAGAAUGUAUAUACGCCAAUCUCUUGACUCAAAAACGCUCGAAUCAGGAGAACCUGAUGGCUUAUGAACGGUAUGUUGAAAUGCAAAAUCAAAAAGAGAAGGAUGAGAUACUGGAAAAAGAGCGUCAGACGCUACAGAAAGCACUGGAUGGUGCUGAUGGUGCUAUGAUUGGUUUAGCGACAGAGACUCGAGAUCAUGCUCGACAUGUUGCAACUCAGAAACUCCAAGAAAAAGUCGACAAAGCGACAGAUGAUGAAAAACGUAUUGCUAUGAAAAAGACUAGUUUUUGGAUUCCGGACUGCACGCCAAGUCAAGAAGUAAAAGUGGAAAAACCAGAGAUGAAAACUAAAGAUCCUAUGAGUCUUGACGAAAUGAAGCUUAAACACUUGAUGCCAGUGAAAUUUGAAUGGGAUGACAAGUCAAAUGUUGUGUGUGCCGUAACGAAAAAGGAGAUUUUACAUCGACGUGCCGUGCUGCUGAGACCAUCGGGACAAGUGAUUCUCGAAAGUUGUGUGAAGGACAUGGUUUUACCGACCAUGACGUGUCCUGUGACGGGCUUGAAGCUUCGCAAGAAGGAUAUUGUGCAUUUACAAGCAGGAGGUACCGGGUUUAGUGCACAUAGUACGGUGGAAGCUAAGAAAUAUAGACCUUCUAUGACCUAG